CGGCUCACGCCCGAGCAGCAGCGUGUCAGUAGGCUGCCGUUUUGGGGCCAGAACGGCGAGGCGCUCGUCGCUAGGCUGCUGGCCUUUGCGGGCGCAGCGAAGACCACCAUCCUGCGCCACAUUGUCAGCUCGUACCCAGACAUCUUCUUCGUGGUCGUCAUGUUCAACAGCGCGGUGCAGGUUGCUGUUCAGGCCAGCAUGAGACAGGACCUCGCGCGAGAUCGGGCAGCUGGCCUGCGGCAGCAGGAGAACUUCGAGGUGCUCACCUCGCAUGCCCUGGUGAGCCGGCGCUUCCGCGUGAACCAGAAGUUCCCAGGUCGCAAGAGAGGCGAUGUGCCCGCCGGGGUAAUCCGGACGUUCCUGGCCGGACGGUGGCGCCUGAAGGAGGCCAAGUUGGUGCCCAGCUCGGUGGUGAUUGCGGUGCGCAAGACGGUGGAACGCUACAUGAUGUCUGCUGACAGCGUCCUGGACAAGAAGCACCUGGUGAACAGCUCCAAACUGCUGAGCUGCGCGGAGGAGGGCCUGGCCAAGCUGCAGUCGGAGGUCCAGCGCCCCUUGGAGGCCUUCGCUAGCAGCAGCGAGCAGCUCAUCGUGGCCGCCGCACGCGGGCUGUGGGAUGCCAUCAGAGACCCGAAAUCGACCGAGGUCGAGCACCUGCCCCACAACGCGUACUUGAAGCUGUACGCUCUGUCUAAGGAGGUGCUCACGUUCCCCAGGAGGACGGUGCUGCUGGUGGACGAGGCGCAAGACCUGAACGCAGUCACCGCGCAGGUGCUCAUCGACAAGCAGGAGCUUCCCGUGGUCCUGGUGGGCGACCCCCGCCAGCAGAUCUACGCAUUCAACGGAGCGUUUGGCCUAAUGGACCGCGUGACCAUCGCGCGCCUGUACGAGGGCGAGCUGGUGCUCCGACAGACCUUCCGGUUCGGCCCGGAGAUUGCCGCCGCCGUGAACACCAUCCUCAAGGCCGGACACCAGGAGCCGCGCUAUGUGGUUGGGCGGGACAGCAGGUCCCACCCGGGUGUGGUGUACGCGCUGGUGCCCCGCGACAAGACCCUGGACACCGUCACGUACGAGGACGUGGCGAAGCCCUCGCGCAAGGGCCGCCCGGCAGCCGGCACCGCGGACUACCGCAACCUCCGCCUGCUGCAGUGCGGGCUGCGGCGCCUGGUGCCUGACGCGGCGUUCCCGGUUGAGCUCGAGGUUACGCCGCUGCGCGGCGUGGCUAUCCUUCCGCCGGGGUUCCAGCUGCCGCCAAACGCGGGCGCCGGCAGCAGCGGCUCCUCGCUCCCGCGGCUGACCUACGUUGCUCGCACCAACGCCGCCCUCAUCAAGGCGGCUCUGGAGCUGGUGGCCCUGGGGUUCACCGUGUGUGGCUCCUUUGCAGGCGCUGACUGGGACAGGGUGCUCGCGAAUAUCGAGGACAUUGUCAAGUUCCUGAGGGGCGACCGAAGCUUCCACCGCGGCCAUGAGCUGCACGGCAUGCGGAGCGAGGAGGAGCUGGUCAAGCUUGUGGAGGCGGAGGGCACCAGCAACCUGGCGACGGC